AAAAGCCUAAUAACAUGGGAUGCAUGAUUUUAUGCUGUAAUGUCAGUGGGUCAUAAAAAAUAGUUAUAACAUGUACAGCAGCUUUAGCGGUUUGUAAUAUACACAGUGUAUCAUCUUGUGACAAGAGAGACAUUGAAAAUUCAACCUAAACAAACAUAAAGUUGCAACAUACGUUUAACUUAUGAUGUUGCAGAAUCAUACUUGGCUAACAUUUUCUAGAAUUUCAAAGUGGUGGUCCAGUGGGAAUGAUUUGGGGCCUCUUCAAAAGAGAUGUAUCUACAAAGUAAGGGCACAGAAAGGUUAACAGCUUCAACAAAGAAUACAGGUAUAGGUGUAUUUUCUUAUCCAAACAAGGAACCUCACAGCACCUCAUGUUUGCAUAGUGUUUGCAUCAGGUGAGGCCGUGUGGCUUUACAACUGCUUUGCAUCUUUGAAUACAAGACCACAACAAACAUUUUCUAAACCAUCCAUCCAGCUCCACAGGUUACUUGAAGGAGAAGCACAGUUACCUUCACUUAAUCAGUAACUUUACUUAACUGUGGUUCAGCGGCUCAUUUAAACCCGUAUCGUGCCAGUAAAUGACAUUACAUCUGCAUAAAAUGAACAUUUUGGAUCCUGAGAGAUGCAAAAAUGUCGAUCAUCCUUUUAACGUUCAAUGUGACUUGUCGGACUCUGAGAUUGUGGGAUGGGUCAGAGCUUUCAUCAGUGUCUAUAAAGGAGGUGCAAGAGAUCACAUUACAGCUGUCUGGAGAUGAGAUGGAUUUGCAUGUCUAGGGACCAAAAAAGGGGUAUAAAAAGGCCAGGUUACAACGUUUGUCCAGGUAAUAGUUUAUAUCUCGCUAGCAGUCAGCCAGAUUUAGGUAAUGGACAAGACUUCGGAGAUGCCACCAGCCUGCAAUCCUGUAUGCUCAGGUAAGAAAUCUUUUUUUUUUCUUUUUUUUUUAAAGUGGCAAGUCUUUUUAUCUUGAGAGGUAGAUUCAAUUGAAUCAAGGUAAUUCGUUUGUAAUAUAACAACACAAGGUCGCACAAUGAAAUGUGAUUAUAAGUCAAAGUAUCGAGGUCUGAAAGUGCUAAAAUCCAAAACAAACAUAUGUAUGACUCAAUGAUUAAUUUCAUUUGCCAUUAAAUGUGUCAAAAAUAUAUAAUGUAUUUAUAUAGUCAACAAACAGGGUAAUUAAUACAAAGGUAAGUUAAUUUUAAUUUAAGUGACAUUUCAUAAAUGAAUGCCUACAUUAAUAUAUCAUAUUUUAGUGCAUCUAAUGGCACAUUGACUUGUUUAUGGAGCUUUUAAGUUUUAGCUUAUUUGUUCUUACACAUAAAAAACUCAUGUACAAAUAUUUACCUUAAGAAAACAAUUAAGACUCAAGACAUAACAAUUCAGUAGUUUGGUUAUUAUUAUUAUUAUUAUUAUUAUCAUUAUUAUUUUCUUCAACAACAUAGUGUCGAUGAUAGGGUCUGCGUGUUACAGUGCUAAAAAAAAAAAAAGUAAAAUGAUCUUAAUUUGACAAGGAAGUUGGUUCAGUCACUCUGAUGGUUUGAAACAGAACAAUUACUUGAGAUUAGACAUGCGAGAGUACCGAUACGAGUAGAAAAUGAAGGACAAGAAAAAAAUCACUGAUAUGUGAAAAAUGACUUGGUCUCUCAGUCAAAAUGCGUGUUAUGUGACUUAGACUCUAUCCAAUGUAGACCAGUUUGACAGUAAAUUGCUCAUUUUUAGGACUUUCCAUUUAACUUUACACCAUAUACUGAUAACGAUCUCAUAUUUCCAAAUCUGAGAUUUUGAAUCUUGGCAAGCACAGAACUACCUGCAGUGUAACAUAAAAAACUUGAUAUCUGGUCAACAUUGACUGCGUUUGAGCACCAAGCAUCACUGAUGAAAGAGUACAUCUCUCCCGGUCUUACAGGUGUUUUACACUCUGUUGGCGUUAAACACAAUCCUCCCGUUGAGUGCAAUAGCUUGAUUUGUGAUGUCGGGAUAUUGGCAGGUCUAUGCAAUCUAUCUGUGGCCUCAACAGUUUCUGAAUUCCUGAGUCCCAUUUGACUGAUUUAAAUCAUUUCACCAGAAAGCGUAACAAACUCCAGUGGGCUUAUGUGACCGUCGCCCGGGUGGCUUUGGCUGCCUCGUAGACAAACGAGUAGCAGAAACAUCAAACGUCAUCAUUACUGAUUGUUCAUCAGCUGAUGAACUACAUUGAGUUUAUGCCUGAUCGCACACAAUUUGUCCUUUAUAUGUUAUUAUCUAUUUAAAAGUUUUCUGAAGAAUGUUUCUCAUCCGCAGGUAUGAGGAGGGCCCUGUUGUGCAUCCUCCUUUUCUCAGGGUUCUGUUCAUGCCUUUACCAUUACCGGUUAAUAGAUGAACCAAAGACUUGGCAUGAAGCGCAACAGUACUGCAAAGAAAAGUAUACAGACCUAGCCACUGUUACUAACAUGGAGGACAUGGAGCGCCUGAUUGCAGCUGCUGGCCCUGGUUAUGAGGGAAAAGUGUGGAUAGGCCUGUAUGACAAGCUCUCGAGCUGGCGUUGGUCUCUGUCAGACGAGAGCUUCUAUGGAGAGGGAGAGAAGAACUUCAGGAGGUGGUACGAAAGUGAACCAAAUGUCAUUGGGAUUAGGGUGCACCUGUGUGCUGCUGUCAAUAACAGUGGCUGGUUUGAUGACCACUGCAGUGAACUAAGACCCUUUGUCUGCUACAACACAACACAACCUGAUUUGUCACCCACUUCCGAAAAAAGAUAUUUCUUUAUAAACGAAGAGAAGAAUUGGAAUGAUGCUCGGGCCUACUGCAAUCAGCACCACACAGACCUGGCCAGUGUGAGGAAUGAGACAGAGAAUGCGAUGAUCCAGAGCAAGCUACCAAACAACCAGUUAGUUUGGAUUGGCCUGAACCGCAUGACCUGGCAGUGGUGGUCAGAUGGCCAAAAAAACAACUUGUUUGCCAACUGGGCCAAUGGACACCCAUUACGUAUAUCUGAUACCUGUGCUGCCAGUGUCAUUAAUGCGACUCUCCCUGGAAAGUGGGUGGAGCAUAACUGCGGCACCAAGCUUCAUUUCAUGUGUCAAAACAAUAAGUUGCACUUGUUUACUAUGAAGCUGACAGCACUGAAAUCCACAAUCGACCUAAAUGACCGUGCCGUGACGGACACCAUCUUGAAUCUGAUGAAGGAGAGAAUGAAAGAGAAGGGGAUCACAGAUGUCAAAUUUUCCUGGAUAAAGAAGGACGAAAAGAUAUUUCAUGAAAAACAGGAGGAUGCACAAGUCGUGAAGAUGGACCCGUAAUAUCAGACCUUUCUUACUGAAGAAAUGUUGGCCCUAAACAGAUUUUCUUUUUUUUUUUUCCACAAUUCAGACUUAUUUCUCAGAACUCAAAUAUUUAAAUAUUGGUAAUUUAAUUUUAAAAACUCUGAUUUCUGACUUUAAAUUCAGAAUUAAACUGAAACUGAAAAAACGUGAAUUAGUUUUUGUUACAGUGGCCCUAAUCCUCUUCCUUAGCUACCUUAAACUAUUGAAGUGCAUUUAUAUAAAAAAAAAAAAAUCUUGCUCUGUGUGUGUGUGUGUGUGUGUGUGUGUGUGUGUGUUUGUGUGUGUGUGUGUGUGUGUGUGUCCUGAAGCUACAUAGUAGUGGCCCUGGGAGCUGUAACACUCAUGCUAACAGGGGACUUGAAUCCAACUGACAUUCAUGUGAGUAAAGACUGAGAAAUUAAGUAAACUGUGGAAUUUGUCUUGCUUACAAAUACUAGUCAGGGGAGUUUUUGUUACAUCUGUAUUACAGAGAAAUGUUUAAAUACUGAUGACAUCAAAGUUGAUUAUCAACUUCAGAAAUAAACAAAGAAAAUCUCUUUAGUAAACAAACUGUCAUUAGGUGAAAGAUUGGGCAUAGACAGAUCCAAUACAGUAUACCUUAUUGAUAGGUAGACAUUGCUAAAGGAUCAAAGUCCCCUCUUGACAAUUUCUUUAAAAGAAUAGAUAAAAGAUUCUAUUUUUGUUUCUUCAAAAUGACCGGAAACAGUGGUCCCCUCCAAGAGUACAGAGAAACAUAGUGCCCUGUUGGCCUGUAGGUCUGUCUGUGUGUGUGUGUGUGUGUGUGUGUGUGUGUGUGUGUGUGUGUGUGUGUGUGUGUGUGUGUGAGACAGGGUGUCACCUUGGCUCAACAGCUCCUCCUGGAGGAGAUAGAGCCAAAUUUAUUUUUCAACUAUCUCUAGUGCUGGUUUGAAAACUGUUAGAGAAUAGGUGUAAAUUGUAUUGCGUGUAUUCACAUUGUUAAUGUAGAAAGACAGAUGAGUGUUUGAUCUGAGUAAAGUAAAUAAAAUAAAAUAUCAUAUUUUUUAGUUGCAAGGUUGUUGUACAGUUCACAUUUUAAUGGAGGGCAUUUUGUAAGCAAACCAAAAUUCUAUGUGUAUAAUCCUUCAUGGUUAUUGAAUACAACCAUUCCAUCAUGUUCUCAAAAAAUUAGACAAAAAAUACUUGGUUAGGUGUAAGCACUAAAAAUGUCUGGUGAGGUUAAGCCUGCUGUACUUGCCAUGUUGAGUGAGAAUGGGCCAACUAUUCAUAUCAAAUAAAUCUGUUUCAAACAUUCCUGGUUAUUUUGAAAAAGAAAAUAUGCCAUACAUCUAUAUUUGAUCCAAAUGACAGACUUUGAGAGGCUGAUAAAUGUGUAGUUGAAUCAUUACGUAGUAAACAAACACACCCAGUUUGUGGCCUGAGAGUUUUAAUAUUUAAAUGAUAUGAGAUAUUAAUUUUUUUUAAUGGUGGUGGCAUAUGUGUACAUAAUAUGUUGUUACUGGAUGUAACAUGUAGGUUUGUGUAUUUUGUUAUUUAGUUUUGCAUUUUCUUUAUGAUGUUGUUAAAACUGUAUAAAUUCUACCACCCUUGCCUCUGUUGUC